AUGACAAUUUGGCAGAUGAGCAAAACACUGAUCCCAACGACUAUCGCUUGCCUAAGUCAGAAUAUGAUAUUGACCGGUUGCAACGCCAGCAUUUUUUCAUCAAACAUCUUUUCGAAAGCAAUUUCUCAUGCCCUAUAGAAGAAACGCUAAAGACGGGAGCUCGUGUUUUAGAUGGAGGAUGUGGGCCGGGGGCUUGGCUUCUUGAGAUGGGAACAACUUAUGUAAACUCUCAAUUUUUUGGCAUUGAUAUUGAAGCAGUCUAUCCGUGUCAAAUAAAACCGGCAAAUGUAAACUUCUAUCAGUGUGAUUUGAUGGAACUGGAAAAAUUAAAUCUCGAAGAAAAUUCAUUUGACAUGAUUCGAAUGU